UCGGGGGUUUGUUUUUUUUUUUUUAACAGCCAUGCAAAAGAAUCCGGAUGUGUGUCCGUCCGGUUCCUCCGCAUUGUUGGAGACCAGCGUGGACUUGUUCCGAAUGUGCUGAUCACCGCCACUCGACCCUACUUGAGGUCUCAUUCGUCCAUGACAGUCCGAUGAUGACGUCAGCGUGGGACGCGAUCUUGUCUGUCCACCAGACCAUCGUGGACAAUGGCGACAAGAGGACCGACCCGUGGCCGCUGGUCUACUCGCCGGUCCCGGUGACGCUGAUCGUCCUGGUCUACCUGUGCGCGGUGUGGGCGGGGCCUCGGCUCAUGAGGCACCGAGACCCCGUGGACCUCCGGGCGGUUCUCAUCCUUUACAACUUGGCCAUGGUGGGCUGGUCGGCCUACAUGUUCCACGAGUUCUUGGCGACUUCGUGGCUCUCCGACUACAGCCUCCGGUGUCAGCCGGUGGACUACAGCGACACACCGCUGGCCAUGAGGAUGGCCCGGGUCUGCUGGUGGUUCUUCUUCUCCAAAGUCAUCGAGCUCAGCGACACGCUCUUCUUCAUCCUGAGGAAGAAGAACAACCAGCUGACUUUCCUGCACGUCUUCCACCACGCCACCAUGGUCUUCAACUGGUGGUCGGCGGUCAAGUACACGGCCGGCGGCCAGUCUUUCCUCGUCGGCCUGCUCAACACGUUGGUCCACACCGUGAUGUACUCUUACUACGGCCUGGCCGCCCUGGGGCCUCGAGUGCGCAAGUACCUCUGGUGGAAGUCGUACCUCACCUGCCUGCAGCUGCUGCAGUUCCUGCUGGUUCUGACCCACACGAGCUACAGCCUGCUCACCGGAUGCGACUUCCCGGCCGCCACCAACAUCGCGGUGGCCGUUUACGCCGUCGUCCUCAUCGUCCUCUUCGGGAACUUCUACCGCCAAAGCUACCUGGAGAAGAGGAAGCACAUGUAAGACGUGUGCAAUAAGAAACUCAUCUUCACUUUUCUUCACACUCGAAAAUGUGCAAACACGAUCAAGCGGAAGGAUUGCAGAUGUGCGCAUCUUCAAUUUUGUCCGCUAGAGGGCGCAGCGAGGCCACAUUCUCUGCAAAAAAAAAAAAAAAAAAAACUUUCCCAGGCAACUCUCGAAAACAACUCAGAGCCGAUGACAUAUUUCAUUCACAUAUUUAUUACUUCUUAAAUGGAGAAAAUGCCAAACAUUCAAAUGUGGGUUAUUUAAAAAAAAAAAAAAAAUUACACAAUUCAUACGUCGCUGUACAGUAGGGAGACAAAGCCAAAGCCCCAAAUAUGAAAUAUCGGAACGCAAACAUUUAUUCCUUUUGUUAUUAAAACAACGCAGUAACACGAUACUUUUGUUUCUGGACUUCGGUCGAAAAACAUGUCAAAACUAGACGAUGUUUUGAAAAAAAAAUUAUUGUAGCGAUGCGCUAACCAAGUCAAGUUGGUUUUUUUUUUUGUUUUUCUUUCCGUUGGGUCAAUAAAAGUCAU